AGCACAUGAUAACAUUUUGCGACUUAUUUGCCGGGAUAUCCAUCAACAGGAUGGGUUGCAACGAUGACGGCUGGCCCGACGUUAGAUGAUUUGUGGGACGAUUGGAAGCCAACGGAGCAAACAGCGCUCGAUUUUUUGUUGGAUCAAGAUGGAACGGAAGACCAAGAAGAUGAUGACGAUGACGAUGACGAGUGGAAUCCCGUAUGUCAAGGUGCUGCAGUCGGGCAUGACGAAAAUGGUCAUGCAAAAGAUGUAGCAAACAAUGACGCAGAGGAAGACGAGGAGGAGGAUUCAGACAGUGACUGGGCACCAGAGGUGCAAGGUGCAGCCAAUGUGGAGAAAUCUGAAAAGGAGGCAUUGAAAGUCCUGUUGCAACCAAAUUUUGUGAAAGAAAAGUCUCCGGAGUCCUUGCAGAACCAAAAAGAAGCGGAUGCGGCGGGCCGAAUGCUUCAUGAGCUGCGAAGGCCUCCGACUUGGGAGGAGGUGAAGUCGGAGAUGCCGCGAGGUCCCGAGGUUGACCCCGAUCUCUUGGAAACCCCAUCCUACCGAGACAUGUCACAGGAGGAGGCUCUGGAUCUGGUGCGCAGAGGUGCCACGGUGAAUUUUCAAGGUCAACAUGGGCGAACACCUCUGCACAAGGCGGCCGAGAAGGCGUUUCCAGUGUUGAUCAAGGCUCUUUGUGAAGCUAGGGCAGAUCCUGAUAGCCGAGAUCACUUUGGUGAGACACCCCUGCACGUUAUCGCAAAGUCAGGGAGCUUGGAUGAAAACAUUUCCAAGUCGCGGAGAUGUGAAGCCAUUCAAAUGCUGCUGAUGCAGGGCGCCGAUGUGCAUGCGGUGAACCCUCGGGGCCGUGGUGUGCUGCAUCUGGCAGUGACUGAACAUGAUCUCCCAGCCAUUGAGACACUGAUCGAGGGCAUGGCCGAUGUGAAUGCGCAAGAUCUGGCAGGCUUCACACCUCUAAUGUGGGCUUCUGGUAGAGAUAGCGCAGAUGGUGUUAAGAUGCUCUUGGAUUGCGAGGCUGACUUGGCAGUGAAAGCUGCGCGGGGUCAAACUGCGAUGACCUUUGCGUUGACCAACGGCUGCAACGCCAUUAUGGAUAUCUUGGAUAAGCACCAAGCGAUUCUCGACGCGGAAGAGGCCCGGAGAAUCAAGGAGAAAGGCGAAGGAUGCCAUGGAGCUGAGGAGGAGGAAUGGACUGAGACUUUGCAGCUUCCAAAGCCUGACUGGGCCUGCAAGCAUGAGAAGCCUGCGAACAUGGAACCCUAUGCAGGGCGCAGGAUCUAUGCAGAAGCCAAGCCCGACAGGCACUCCAAUGUGUACGUGGGCGCCAUGCAGCGCGCAUGAGCCCGUCAGAGUUGCGGUGCUGUGGACGAACUCCGUUGCGGUGCCCG